GUGGGAGAGCAUGUAGUUGCCAGCUGUGACGCGGACAAUAUCGACACCAAGGUUGUUCAGUUUGACGAAUUGCCUUCUUGCACUUUACGUUGUCCGGACCCACCGGUGUCUCCGCCAGGCUUUGAGAAGGUGAGUGGGAGAUGGAAGUGUGCAGAGGGCUUUGGAGGCACACCCAUGAUCUCCUGCGUCCGGACCAGUGGUUGUGACCUGAACGUCACGAUGAGCGGAUGCUCACCUUUGGUCUCGUGUGCAGCUCCCGAGGUGGACCGUUGCUCCACUUUUGUGCCGGAUGAGUGUGACUUUGAGCCCGGCUCCUCUUGUUAUGUUUUUUGCGGCAAAAAUUUCCGCAUGGAAAACCCGGAUGGUCAGGCUUUCCCACAGGUCGAUUGGGAUUCAAACUUGACCAACAUCACCGCCUUCAUUCCGGAUUGGCACAGCUAUGGAGAUGUCGUUCCCUACGCAGUUGCUUUCUGCCCAGCAGACAACACGGAAGCCGCUUUGCCUCUCUGGAGUCCAGGGCCGCGGUGUAUCAUCGACUGCCCAUAUCCCACAUACAUCCCUCCAGGAUACAGAGAAAGGAUGCGCUACAAUCGGUGGCGCUGUGAAGAAGGAUAUACUGGGACAGCCCUCUUGCAGUGCACUUUGCACAGCAAUUGUUCUGUGACCUCAUGGCUUUCGGGUUGUGAUGAGCUCGUGCCAUGCGCGUUGCCUUCUGUGGAGGAUCCUUGCGUUUUUGACUUCGACUUGGGGAACUGCAGCAGUGUCAUGGGAGGAGAGAGCUGCGUGGUUGGAUGCAAGUGGCCCUACGUGGGAAGCAGCACUGUGGCCACGUGUGUCGAAUUGAAUACUGAUCCUCUGCGGCCAUUAGACUGGGAGAUGCCGAGCUGCAACUUCUCCUGUCAAGAUCCUGACCCACUGCCUGAAGGAUAUCUACGAGCGUCAGACGUCUCAAACCCUGGAGCCUCAGACUGGCUUUGUGCCAGUGGGUUCAAUGGUGAGGCGAUGGCCACCUGCGACAUUGACGAGACUUGCUUGGCCAUCACAGCAUUGUC